AUGUCUGCGGACUUCUGGGCCGGCUAUAUUAGCGGCGCCAUUGGUAUAAUUAUUGGGAAUCCUCUUGAUCUCAUCAAGGUCCGAUUGCAAGCAAGCAGCUCUACAAAUGGCCCUGUGUCACCUCGGCAAUUGAGUCACUUUGAAAGCACAAGUACCCUUGUGCGAGGUGCUGCGGCCCCUAUUCUCGGAUAUGGAGCUCUCAAUGCUCUACUCUUCGUGUCCUAUAACCGGGCAUUAAUGCUCUUGGAUAAAUCCGUCAUUGACCCUACGGAUCCACAAAAUUGUGCUCUCUAUAAGCUAUGGCUUGCUGGGGCACUUGGCGGGAUUGCCAGCUGGACUGUCUCCUCGCCAACAGAGUUCAUCAAAUGCCGAGCACAGCUUGACGCUCGUCCAGGAGUCUCAUCCUGGACAGUCGCAAACGAUAUCGUCCGGAAUCGCGGCUGGAGAGGCUUAUAUUUUGCUGGUGGAGUAACUUGUGCUAGGGACUCUAUAGGCUAUGGAUUCUACUUCUGGUCCUACGAGUAUUGCAAGAGAUUAAUGUCCUCGCACGAUGAAGAUCCAAGGAGCGCUGCAUUGAAGGUGUUUUUAUGCGGCGGCAUUGCUGGAAUCGUUACAUGGGCUUCUGUAUUUCCACUCGACGUUAUCAAAACUCGACUGCAGGCGAAUACGAUUGCAGCUCAUGCUGAAGCACGUCCAUUAUUGCAGGCACAGACCCACAAACAUACCCUGGGUACAUUCGACCUGGCUAAGGAUAUGUAUCGGACGGAAGGCCUCAAGGCUUUCUAUCGGGGCAUAGGAGUAUGCAGUCUUAGAGCCUUCAUCGUAAACGCCGCCCAGUAG